AUGAUUGAAGUACACUCAGGAGUUUGUGGACCUCAGAUUCAUGGAUAUGAUCUAGCCAAGAAGAUACUUCGAGCUGGAUAUUAUUGGCUCACCAUGGAGCAGGAUUCCAUACGAUUUGUUCGUAAAUGUCAUGAAUAUCAAAUACAUGGUGAUUUGAUAAAUUGGCCCCCUUCUGAAUUGCAUGCAAUGUAUGCUUUAUGGCCUUUUGUGGCAUGGGGAAUGGAUGUGAUUGGACCGAUAGAACCAAAAGCAUCAAACGGUCACAGGUUUAUCUUGGUGGCUAUUGAUUAUUUUACAAAGUGGGUUGAAGCAGUAACUUUCAAGUCAGUGACGAAGAAGGUCGUGGUGUAUUUCAUCAAUUUGAACAUCAUCUGUCGGUUUGGUAUUCCAAAGGUGAUUAUAAAUAAUACCGCCGCAAAUCUCAACAGCCACUUAAUGCAAGAGGUAUGCUACAAAUAUAAGAUUGAGCAUCAAAAUUCGACUCCGUAUCGCCCAAAGGCAAACAGGGCUGUAGAAGCUGCUAACAAGAAUAUAAAAAAGAUACUUCUGGGCGCUACCCUAUAUUCACUGGUAUACGGGACUGAGGCAGUUAUACUUGCAGAGAUUGAUAUCCCAUGUUUACGAAUUGUUGUGGAGGCUGAAAUUGAUGAUGAUGAGUGGAUCAAAACUCGGUUAGAGCAAUUAAGUUUAAUUGAUGAGAAGCGUCUGACAUUAGUAUGCCAUGGACAAUUAUAUCAGAAAAGAAUGGCACGGGUAUACAACAAAAAGGUGCGUCCCAGACAUUUUGAAGAGGGUCAAUUAGUGUUGAGAAACAUUUUGCCACAUCAUGCCGAAACCAAAGGCAAAUUUUCUCCAAAUUGGAGAAAACCAUUCGUUGUUAAAAGGGUAUUACCCAAUGGUGCUCUUUAUUUAACAGAUAUAGAAGGCAAAGUGACAGAAACGGUCGUCAAUCCUGAUGCUGUGAAAAGAUAUUAA